AUGUCCUGGCUUGCUAAAGAUGAUGUAUUUGUGUAUUCCAGCAGCGUGGACGUUGGGGCAGCUGUCACGACGAAGCGAGGCAUCCUACGAUGUGUGAUGAGCCAGUUUGAUCCUCUUGGAUUGCUGUCUCAUUUUUUGAUUCACGGACGGAUCAUUAUCCAAGAUAUCUGGCGAACGCAGGCCAGCUGGGACGAUGAAAUUGGCGGCGAUAUUUUAAAGCGGUGGGGAGUGUGGACUAGCCUGUUCGGUGAUCUACAGCUAAUACGAAUUGAUCACUUCCCAGGAAUUACGUCAUCAGAAAUAGAAGACCUACAACUGUACGUGUUUGUGGAUGCCAGCGAGAGCGCAUACGCAUGUGUUUCGUAUUUUCGCGCGGUGAUUGCCGGAGAAAUUCAUAUCGCGUUGGUUGCUGCGAAGGCGAAAGUGGCCCCACUAAAAUCUCUCUUCGUACCAAAGUUGGAACUCCAGGCUGCGUUGAUAGGAGCAAGGGUGAUGAAAACGAUCGGAGAGACUCAUUCAUUAACAAUUUCUCGCAGAUUCAUUUGGUCAGAUUCUAAAACGGUGCUAGCGUGGAUCCUUUCCGACCACCGUUGUUACCGGCAGUUCGUGGCUUGCAAAGUAGGCGAAAUUCUCUCCAUAACAAACCCCGAUGAGUGGCGCUGGAUUCCAACUAAGUUCAACGUAGCGGAUUUAGCGACGAAAUGGGGAAAAGGGCCAGAGCUUUCCGCGAGAAGUUGCUGGUUUGCUGGUCCGAAAGUCCUGAAACGCACAAUCACGCAAUGGCCACAAAUGGAUCCUGCGAUGCUCACCACAGUUGAGGAGCUGCGACCAUGCUUCGUACACCGGACACAGCUGUCUGAUGGUUUCAUAUAA